UUUGAGAACGGUACGUUUGAGCUUCGCAUCGAGGGAGACGAUGGUAUAUUCUACCUACAGCCUCGCAUCGUGCAGAACGAGGCGAACGUUCUCAUCCGAGUCGCUCGACCCUCGAAACUCGAUUACGAGAAUCUCACACAGAUCGACUUCGAUAUCGUUGCCAUAGAAACGAAGACCGCCGAACAGCACAGCAGUCGCUCGAGGGUCAGCGUCCACCUGGUGGACACCAACGACAACUUUCCGCAGUUCACGCUAGCCCACUACAACGCGUCGGUGCGCGAGGACGCCACGGAGGGCACCACCGUCGCCUGGAUCGAGGCGACGGAUGUAGAUACGGGAGAUGGAGGUGUCGUGUAUUACUACCUGCUCGGUGCUGGGCGUAGUCACUUUGAGAUCGACGAGCUGACGGGGGAGCUGAGGGUGGCUGCCGGGGCAAAGCUGGACCGGGAGACUGUCAGCACUUACUACCUCACUGUGGAGGCAAGAGAUGCGCGGGGACACGGCAAUAGGAACAGCACACAGCUGGAGGUGGCGUUGACGGAUGUGAGCGACAACCCGCCUGUGUUUGAGUCAACUCUCUAUGAAGGCUUCCUCAUUGAGAACGAUGAGGCUCCUCCAACGUUCAGACGCACCUUUGUUGUCAAGGCGACAAGUAAAGAUCAACCCCCGAUCAGCGAUAUCAGUUACUACAUCAUAACUGGUGAUGACAACGACAGCAUCGCCAUCGACCAAACGUCAGGGCGCAUCACUGCUGUCAAGUCGAUAGACUAUGAAGCCAUGGAGGAGAACAGCACCGAUCAUGACCUGAUGCGACACUUCACUCUCACCGUGCUGGCUGUCGGUAACGGGUCCCCAGCGCUCAACGCCACCGCCACAGUCAUCAUAUUCGUAGAGGAUGCGAAUGAUAACCGGCCGAUAUUCGAUCAGGAUGUCUACUGGGGAUCUGUUCAGGAAGACGCUCCCGAGGGAACCCAGGUUGUCAACGUGACUGCUAGCGACGGCGAUGGCAGUGUCUACAACAGUCGGCUACAGUACAGAAUCUUACACGGUGCUGGCGACAAGUUCAUCAUCACAGAGGACGGCUGGGUCGUCGUCGGUCCGCUAGCCAACCUCGAUCCUGACCAGUCCGUACCGAGAACUGCCAGCUACAACAGUGACUUCUCGUCGAGCAUUGUGACGCUUUUUUGUAUGGACUUAUCUAGCAGGUCUGCCUUGUAG